AUGAGAGUAAUAAAAAUUUACAUUAAUUAUAGAUCAAUUUCCAAUUAACAUAACACUAAGAAUUUCAACAUAAUCUUAAUUUUAUCCUUUAUUUAGGAAAGUCUUCAGCUUCGAUUUCCAGAAGUAGAUGAAAUUACCUAUACUUUACGACCAAAGUAAUCUUAUUCAUUAGCAAUUGAAUAUAUUUGCACUCAACAAAAUCAGGGAAUCUAAUAAAUUGAUUUAUUUUUUUUAUGGAAUUAGGCAUUAUAAACAUUGCUAAAACCCUCAUACAGCCCAGUUAUAUUAAUAUACUUUACAACAACUUGUAGUUCUCUGUUGUGUAUUAGAAACGUAUUUAUACAAUUUGAACUUACUCCUACUAAGUAAUUAUUGACAUUUAUACUGGUUCCUGCUAUUGGAUUAUUUUUUGUUUAUUCAAAAAUAAUAUCAUAAAUUUUAGCAUUUGUAAUGCUAUGUGAUUUCAUUCAUUUUGCAUCAAAAUCAUUAAUUGUUGGUUUGAUAACUUCCUUUCUAAUUUUAUACUUUCAACACUAUAUGUUUGAAUCUGCUUAAUUCCAAUCAGUUUUCCUAGAAGCUUUGGUUCAUCAAAUACUUCCUUGUAUUAUAACAAUCGUUUUGCUUAUAUAAGUCAAUCGACCAAUUAAUUCUAGCUAUUUUUAUUUUUUUGCAUUAUUUGGCUAACAGAAAUUUAUUCUUUGGUUCAUUGAACACAAGUUGAUAAAUAUAUGCUUAUAUAGAAUUUUUAAGAUAUGCCUGCUUUCAUUCAAACAAAGUUUUCAAUUUUAAUUGCAAACAACGAUACUAUAUGGUAAUAAAAGUAAUAUUUUGAGAUUAAGUAUAAACAUUGAUAUCCAUUUGUAUUAAAUAAUUGGUUUAUCUUUAAUACAGUCAUUCAUCUUUAGACAUGGACUACUCAAUAAAGAACAAAUUAUAAAUAUUAUCGUUAAUGCCAUAACCUAAUUUACUGGACUGAUAUUAUUUGAUCUACUCUAUCGAUACAAACACAAUCCACCAUUUUUACCGCUUAUUACUGGCUUUAUUCUGCUAGGAAUGGUGUUAAAUUAUUUAAGAACAGGUUCAGGAUUGAGAAAUCCUUAUCUUGAAUUUGAGACAAUGGAAGAAAAGAUUAGAGUCAUUUGA